UGAUUCAGAGCUCACAAACACCAUCAAGACAAAAAUCCUAACUUACCUGGAGGAAAAAUACAAGGAUCCUGAGACACAAGAGUUGCUCGACAUGGCUUCUGCUCUGGAUCCCCGUUUCAAGCUGCGAUACGCAAGUGAGGACAGGGUAGAACCAAUCAAAGCCAGACUUGUGUCUGAGAUGGCUGCAUCUGUGAGCAUGGAGCAGGGCCCAAGUGAUGGUGGGACUGCAGACAGGGCAGAGGAUACACCCAGCACAUCCAAGAGAAAGAAGACCUUGGGGAGCUUCUUCAAGAUCACUGAGAGAGCCAGCCCAACCCAUCCUCCUCACCAAGCUGUAGCCUCUGAGCUUCAGUCCUACCUGCAGUGUGCUGACCUUGAUAGUGAGGAGAACCCACUGGACUGGUGGAGGGAACAUCAGCGAGUCUACCCGCGACUGUCAAAGCUGGCCAAAAAAUAUUUGAGCAUACCUGCAACAAGUGCCCCUUCCGAGAGGGUCUUCAGCACUGGGGGAAACAUAGUGACCUGCCUUCGGUCAUCUCUGAAACCAGAAAGUGUUGACAGGCUGGUGUUUCUCGCCAAAAAUCUGUAGGCCUGUACUAGUAUGUUCCUGUUCCUUGUAGUAUGUGCCUUUUCUGCAUAGGCUUCAUUUUUUUCAUGUGUUUGCACUUUAUGAUUGCACUUUGCACUGGCAUAUUUAAU